AUGGGUAGUAACAGUGGUGAUAAUGAUAGUUCAACAUCAGACAGACAUAAACAAAUUCGAGAUAAAGCUGAAAAAUCAUAUAUGAAAAAAAACGCUGAAAGACAAAAAUUAUACGAUGAUACUCAAAAAUUACGACAAUAUCAAAUCGGAGAUUUGGUUGGUUUAAAAAUUGAUAAAGUUGAUAGAAAUAACACAACACCAAAAUUUUUACCAUGUAAAGUUAUUUCGAUAAAAUCAUUAUCUGAUAAUAGAAAUACCUAUCGUCUUUGCACAAAAAAAUGUGUUCUCUCUUCAACAUAUGAUGUUAAUAAUCUCAUUGAUUUAAUAAAAUGUAAUUUUUUGUAA